AUGGAGCAAAUCUCCCAGAGUUUGGACCUGAAUCAAAGGUCAAGCAAAAGAUCUUAUUCGUCAAUUGAGCCCAUUCUGAUCCACAAUGACAAUGGUCAUGAAACGGUACCUGAUAAGAGCUAUACAGGACACAUAUCCUGGGUAACGGAUAUGCUGGGAUCUGAUAAACUAGUCGCCUUUCAUGAAAAGCAAAGAGCAUUUAGAGCUCGUCGAAAGCCUGGCACGGUUCAUUUCUUUUUGGCCACUAUUGUUUUCAUACUGUUGGUGCUAUUUGGUGCUCGCUCUUACAUGGCAGCUUCCUCACCCUCGUCUACUGCUAUGUUUGAAGCAGACCUCUUUGAAGUGCUACUGCCAACUUAUGCUGAUCUGAUCAAGGAAAUCCCAUCUUCCCAAUCCAUUCGUGACAUGUUGCACCAUUAUGCGUCCCAUGCCCAUCUCGCUGGCUCUCACAAUGACCAUGAACUUGCUAAAUGGACCCGCGAUCAGUUCGCCAAGUUUGGCCUCAAUAAUGCUACUAUUGAAACCUACUAUCCCUUCAUGAACUAUCCUACUGAACGCAAACUAGGCAUAGUUACUGGAAGUCCUGAUCUACUCUUUUUGGCAGACCUGCAGGAGUCAAAAGACAGCACGCCUACUUUCCACGCCUACUCUGCUGAUGGUAAUGUCACUGGCAGUGUAGUCUAUGCCAAUUACGGUCGUUUGGAAGAUUUCAUGCUGCUUGCUCAGAAAAAGAUUGAGCUCAAAGGCACCAUUGCUCUGAUGCGCGAUGGUGGUGUUCCUGGUAGCAUCAAGGUACAACAUGCUGAAACGUUUGGAUGUGUUGGUGCUCUUGUUUAUACGGACCCUGCAGACAACAAAGAUCUUGGUCCCACCGGUGUUCGUAGGGCAAGUGUUCAAUAUGGCUUUGUCCAUCCUGGAGAUCCCUCUACCCCUGGCUAUGCUGCUACUGUGAAUGCUACUCGCAAUGAGACCUUUACGAAUGUACCUCGCAUUCCAUCUCUACCCAUUUCUUGGGCUGAUGCUUUGCCUCUGCUUCGUGCUACUCAGGGUUUGGGAUUUGCAGAUCCUACUUGGGUAGGUGGCAUCCAGGAGAUGGACUACUUUUCUGGACCUAGUUUAGCGCAAUGCAAUCUGGUCAACUACAAUGAGCUGAAGAUGAAGCCAAUUUGGAACGUCAUGGCACGCAUUCCAGGCUAUGAAGAAGACGAAAAGGCCAUCAUCAUUGGUAACCAUCGCGAUGCCUGGGACCAAGGUGCUUCAGACCCAUCAUCUGGUUCAGCGGUUAUGCUUGAACUUGCAAGAGUGUUUGGUGUUUUGCUUGAACAAGGUUGGAAACCACGUCGCACCAUCAUUUUAGCCUCUUGGGAUGCCAAUGAAUUUGGAAAUAUUGGUGCCACUGAGUAUGUUGAAGACCAUUUGGCUUGGCUGAACAAGAAUGCCGUCGCGUAUUUGGACGUCGAUCAUGCUGUUACGGGUCCCCAUUUCAACGCUCAAGCUUCCCCCAUGUUGAAUCGCCUCUUGGUGGACGUUGCUUCCAUGGUCAUUGAUCCCCGUACCAGCAAAUCUGUGUACGAAUCCUGGGUCUAUCGUCAAAAGAAGGAGAAGGAUCAAUACGAUGAGCAUAGCUUAAUCUCGCCAGUCGGAAAAGCGCCUGGUUUGGAUACUGUUGCCUUUUUCGAGCAUGCCGGUAUCUCUAGCUUAUCCAUGUCCUUUGAUGGAGACAACACAUUGCUUCACAGCACCUUGGAUGACAUCUCCUGGAUGGAGCAGAUGGGAGACCCCACCUAUGAAUACCACCAAACAAUGGUCAGGCUAUGGGGUUUGCUGGCACUGCGCCUAUCGAGUGAUAUUGUUUUGCCAUUGUAUCCUAUGGACUAUGCAUUGGCUAUGAAACAGUAUUUGGACGAGCUUACAUGUGAUGAGGAAACAACAACAGCAACAAAAAAGAACAAACACCAUGGCAAUAACAACCAUAAUACUAACAAAACAUCAGAAAAUGACUUGCCUAAACUUUCGUCUGCUCUGGAUUCACUUUACAAGACCUCCAUCAAGUUCAACAACAAGGUACAAGACUUGAACGACUUUGUAAAUGUCGCCAACAAGCACGGUAAUAGCCACAAGAAAUGGCUCAAGAAGGUCAAGAGUGCCAAUAAUCGUCUUGUCAAGUUUGAGCGAGUCUUUGUCGAGAACCAGGGCCUGCUGUUGGACAGGCCUUGGUUCAAGCAUGCCAUCUACGGUCCAUCUGCCAAGUCUGGUUUAAUGCAAGCAUUCCCAAGCAUCAUUGAAUCAAGGGAAUUAAAGGACCUCAAGAAAGUAGAUGAGACUGAAAAGUCAUUAGCCUAUAUCCUCAAGAACGCACAAUCCAUGCUAUCCAAGGGCAAGUCAAAUAAGCAUAUCCGCAACUUGUAUGAUUGUGAUCAAGACGACGAAAUUGUUCUUUAA